CGCCAAUAUUUGGUCUGAAGGUAUUUCCUACUUCGACCAAAAAAAAAAAAAAAAGUAUUCCCUACCAGAAACCAACAACCGCUUUAUAAACUGAACGGCGCAACGGUGGAACUUGGAAGGAAGAAGACAUACAAAGAGAGACAAAAGCUUCCCUUCAUCGCUUGAAGGCUCCUUCGAAUUUUCCGGUGUUAAAGCUUACUGCUUUUGCUUCCUCUGUUUUCCUUUUUCCAUUUUUGUUUCUACAGAAGAAUCUCGAUCUGGGUAUUGAAAGAGUUGACUAUGCGAAUUGAAAAAAUUUGUUAAACUAUUGGGUUAUAGUGAAAACUAGCGCUCUCUCUUUGUUUUUCUUUGAGAUGGACGUGAAUCUUGCUCAACGGAUGCAAUUUUCUAGUAAAUGGAUUGAAUCGGACAAGUUCUAUAGGAAAUAUCCCACCUGUUCGUUGAGUUUGACGAGUAAAUUGAAGGCAAAACAGAAAUUGCCGGUACUCGUUUCGGCUCAUUUUCAGUCCAAGAGGAAUAAAAAUGGGCAUAAAUCGGUUUCUUUGAAGGCGUUUUGUUCUUACAAGCACUCAGCUUCAGUGUUGGAAUCUGGAAGUUCCAGUGCCUCAUCCGAUGAAUCACUGAUUUUGAAGAAUAAGUCACAAGAGGUUGGGCCUUGUAUAAACGGGCGCUGUAUUUAUCUUGUUGGAAUGAUGGGCUCUGGAAAAACUACUGUGGGCAAGAUUCUCUCACAAGUACUUGGUUAUUCAUUCUGUGACUGUGACUCAUUGGUGGAGCAGGAGGUUGAUGGAACUUCAGUAGCUGAAAUCUUUAAGCUCUAUGGAGAGGGUUUCUUCAGAAAUAAAGAGACUGAGGCUUUGAAAAAGUUGUCUAUGAUGCAUCGGCUUGUUGUUUCUACUGGUGGAGGUGCAGUUAUAAGGCCGAUUAACUGGAAAUAUAUGCAUAAGGGAAUUAGUGUCUGGUUGGAUGUGCCUUUGGAGGCCUUGGCGCAGAGGAUUGCGGCUGUGGGAACAAAUUCUCGCCCACUUUUGCAUCAUGAAUCAGGCGAUGAAUACACAAAGGCUCUCAGGCGUUUGUCUACCCUUCUUGAAGAGAGAGGUGAAUAUUAUGCCAAUGCCAAUGCUAGGGUUUCUCUAGAAAAUAUUGCAGCAAAACUGGGAUAUAGAGAUGUUUCCAGUAUCACACCAACUGCAAUUGCAAUUGAGGCUCUAGAACAAAUUGAGAAUUUCCUAGAGGAAGAGGAGGGCAUUGCCUGUAAUGAGAAUGUAGCUUAACGAGACCUGGUCCAGGUAGAACUGAGGCUAGAUAGAGCACGUGAUCCAUUGGAUGGAUAGAUCAUUCACGCGUUGUUGGGGAGGGAAAGCGAGGAAUCGAAUCCGAGAGCACUCAGGUGACUCUCAAUGCAGUUACCACUCAGUUGGCAGACCAGACUUGGCUGCUGUCGACAAAAUUGACUUUGAUAAUAAUCCAUAUUAGGUGGAGACCACACAUGGGGAGAUGGUUGUUGGGGCUAGCAGUCUAUGGUGACAAUCUCACUGGCUAAGCAGUGGUUCGUGGUGAUCAAUUCAUAGCAGCUAAUGGUUUCAUGGAUGGAGGACAGUGAUUCCUAAAAGUCUCAAGUUUUUACUUUUUGCAGUUGCCAUAGUAGAAAGUUAGAAACUGAAAAAGAAAAUGAGAAGCUCGUUCUAUAGAUGAUACUUGAAGUAAGGAUGACCUCAGCCCAAGGGCAUGGUGCAGUAAAAUCUCAUAUUGCUUAAUUUCUAA